GACACUGUCUUCUCUCUCUCUCUCUCUCUCUCUCUCAACCUCUCCCCGUCUCAUCUCAUCGAUCAUCAUCGAUCCGUCGUAUCAAUACUCAGGAGCUAAUCGUUUUUGAAUUGAGUAUUUUAGCGGCGGCGGCGGGAAGCUCGUGUCGUCAUAGGGGACAUCACGCGCCGUCUGAGCGGACAGACAGACCUCCAUCUUCAUCCUCAUCCUCACCAUCAUGUCCGGCACCAAGGAGGAGGACCGCAAAGGCUCCAGCGAGUGGCGGGAAUUCUUCUGGAAUCCGCGAACUCAUGAACUGCUGGGCCGAACCGCCUCCAGCUGGGGUCUGAUCCUGCUCUUCUACCUGGUCUUCUACCUGUUUCUGGCGGGAAUGUUUAUUCUCACCAUGUACAUCAUGCUGCUGACGCUCGACGACUACAAACCCACCUGGCAGGACCGCCUGGCCACUCCAGGGAUGAUGAUUCGUCCGAAGGGCGAUCAGCUGGAGAUCACGUUCUCGGUGUCAGAGACGGAGAGCUGGGACGGCUUCAUCCAGAACCUCAACACCUUCUUGUCUUCGUACAAUGACAGCUACCAGGUUCAGACCAAUGACAACUGUCCUCCAGAUCAGUAUUUCAUUCAAGAGGACAGUGGAGAGGUGAGGAACAAUCCCAAGCGUUCCUGUCAGUUUAAUCGAACGAUGUUGGAGGACUGUUCUGGGAUCACUGAUCGUUUCUAUGGUUACAACAGAGGUCAGCCCUGUAUCCUCAUAAAACUGAACCGGGUGAUCGGUAUGUUACCUGGGAAGGACGGUCAGUCUCCUUAUGUCACCUGUGGAGCCAAGAGGUACAAAGUGGGGAAAGAUGAGUGGAGAGAAGACAGUGAUAAGAUCGGACCUCUUGCGUAUUUUCCUCCUAAUGGGACCUUCAAUCUUAUGUACUACCCGUACUACGGCAAGAAAGCUCAGGUGAACUACACUCAGCCGCUGGUGGCCGUGAAGUUCCUGAACGCCUCUCUGAACACAGACAUCAACGUUGAGUGUAAAAUCAACUCCAACACUCUCGCCACCGGCAACGAGAGAGACAAGUUCGCCGGACGGGUUUCCUUCAAACUACGGAUCAACGACAAGUAGACACAGCUGUUUAUACACACACACACACACACACACACACACACACACACACACACAUACACACACACGUUAAAGCUGCACUAAUCCAGAUGUGUAAUGAAACCAGUGAGUGUGUCCUCAGUCUCCCUCAGACUCACCUGUUCUGUGCUGAUUCAGUCUUGUUCCAGCUUUGUGAUGCGUUCACUGACUCCGAGUUACUUUGUCACUUUCUCUGUGUAAACACAUCAUUGGUGUUUGGUAGUUUUCUGUGACUUGAUCCUACGACACUCUCAGUGCAGCUUUAACUCAAACACACAAACCCUGAAACCGACCAAUCAGCACGCACACGCGCUCUGAUGUCACUGCCACUGAGGAUGGACUGAAGAGCGACAGACGAUCAAUCAUCGUAUCAAUCUGCACGAAUCAAAGACCAAACUAUUGAUCACACAGCUGAUGUGUUUAUUGAUCGACCUUCAGUUUAUUUAUUCGUCUUUAUUUAUUUAUCACUUGUUUAUUAUUGUUUAUUUAUUUGUUUGGCUUCUUUACAAGAGCUUUGUUUUUUACAACAUUAAAAUCCUUUGAAGUUCAGAUCACAGGAAGUCAGGUUGUUUCUGUAAAUGUGUCA